AUGAUGCAGUCCCAACCCCAGGACGAGGCGAGCUUUCUCACCUACCCCCACCCACCUCCAAACAUGCGAUCUCAAUUCAAGGACGACUACCCUUUCGAGUCUCGUGCUGCCGAGGCUGAGCGUAUUCGCCAAAAGUACACUGGUCGUAUUCCCGUUAUCUGCGAGAAGGUCGAUAAGAGCGACAUCGCUAGUAUCGACAAGCGCAAGUACCUCGUACCUGCCGAUCUUAGCGUUGGACAGUUUGUUUAUGUGAUUCGCAAGCGUAUUAAGUUAGAGCCCGAGAAGGCUAUCUUCAUUUUUGUUAACGACGUGCUUCCUCCUGCCUCGGCUCUAAUGAGCACUAUCUAUGAUGAGCACAAGGAUAAGGAUGGUUUCCUGUACAUCACAUACUCGGGUGAGAAUACGUUUGGCUCCCUAUGA